AUGGCCUUUUUCGAGAAACGACUGUCCACUGGAUGGACAUUCAGAGACGUAGAUGAUGAGGGAUCAGAUGCGUGGAUGCCAGUACCAUCAAUUCCCUCUACAGCCCAGCAGGAUCUUAUCGCAAACAACAAGUUGGAAAAUCCCUAUAUCGGAUUCAACGAACUCAAAGCCCGCUGGGUCAACGAGAAAUCCUGGAUAUACCGACAUGAAUUCGAACAACCCGAAAUACCCGCCGAUGCGACAGUGGCCCUGGUAUUCGACGGUCUAGACACAUUCGCCUCCGUCACACUUGACGGCCAGAAAAUACUCGAGAGUGACAACAUGUUCAUGGGCUACCGGGUUAAUAUUACCGAUAUUCUGAUUGCCAAAGGGCCGCAUGUGCUAGAGAUAAAAUUCGACUGCGCUCAGUUUAGGGCACGGGAGAUACGCAGCCAACAUCCUGAUCAUAAAUGGGUUGGAUUUAAUGGCGAUAUGGCGCGUUUGGCUGUACGCAAAGCCCAGUAUCAUUGGGGCUGGGAUUGGGGUCCGGUCAUUAUGACGGCUGGAAUCUGGCGUGAAGUUCGCUUGGAGGUGUACUCGGCUCGAGUAGCGGAUCUCUGGCCGCAGAUUACAAGUAUUAGUUCUGAUCAUCAGAAGGCGAGCGUCACGAUGAUUGCAAAGAUUGACGCAGCGGGAAUUUUGGAAAGUUGCACUGCUUCCUUCCGUCUGACUCUACGAGGACAAGAACUCGCACAUCAGGAUAACAUCUCCGUGAAUGCUACUGAUCAGACUGUCCAGGCGGAAUUCCAAUUGACUAAUCCAGAACUGUGGUGGCCCCAUGGCUACGGUUCUCAGACAUUGUACGAAGUCUCUAUAUCACUUUGGUCCAACGGGAAAGAGCUUCAUAAGAAAUCCAAAAGAUUCGGUAUUCGGUCCGCUGAAGUCAUCCAACAGCCAGAUAAGCAUGGAAAAUCAUUCUUCUUCCGGAUUAAUGGAGUCGACAUUUUCUGUGGAGGGUCCUGUUGGAUUCCUACUGAUAGUCUGCUGCCUAGCAUAACUGCAGAGCGGUAUAGGAAAUGGAUUGAGCUUAUGGUAGCGGGCGGACAGAUGAUGAUCAGAGUCUGGGGAGGUGGUAUCUAUGAAGAUGAUAGAUUUUAUGAGGUUUGUGAUGAGCUAGGCGUCCUAGUAUGGCAAGAUUUCAUGUUUGGUUGUGGCAACUACCCAGUCUGGCCUCGGAUGAGAGAAUCUAUACGACAGGAGGCCAUCUACAAUGUACAACGCUUACGCCAUCAUCCUUCAAUCGUAAUCUAUGUCGGUAAUAAUGAAGACUAUCAAGUCCAGGAGCAGGCGAAACUCACCUAUCACUAUGACGAUAAGAACCCUGAAAACUGGCUCAAGACAGAUUUUCCAGCACGUUAUAUCUAUGAAAAGAUACUCCUAGAAGUGGUAGCAGAGCACUCACCAGGAACAUUCUAUCAUCCGGGUAGUCCCUGGGGCGAUGGGAAAAUCACAUCCGACCCUACUGUUGGAGAUAUGCAUCAAUGGAAUGUAUGGCACGGAAGCCAAGAAAAAUAUCAAAUCUUUGCAUCCCUCGGAGGCCGGUUCAAUAGCGAAUUUGGCAUGGAGGCAUUCCCGCAUAUGUCGACGAUAGAAUACUUUGUCGAAAACGAGGCAGACAAAUUCCCACAAUCGCAUGUGUUGGAUUUUCAUAAUAAGGCUGAUGGACAUGAGCGGCGAUUGGCGACAUAUUUGGUGGAGAAUGUGCGUACGGCUACGGAUUUGGAGACGUACAUCUAUCUCACCCAAGUUAUACAAGCCGAGACAAUGAUGUUCGGAUACACGGGCUGGCGUCGACAAUGGGGUGAUGAGCGACACUGCGGAGGAGCAUUGCUGUGGCAAUUGAACGACUGCUGGCCUACAAUCUCGUGGUCAAUUGUAGACUACUUCCUACGCCCAAAACCGGCCUAUUAUACAGUGAAAAGGGCCCUAAAGUCGGUGGCGAUUGGUGUUCGGCGUGAACACCAUGACUGGAGUGUUGUGCACGCUCAACCGCCGACAAGUAGUCGAUAUGAUGUGUGGAUUGCUAGUAGUCGUCAGGAGGUGUUGCGUGGAAAAGUCGAGUUGCGGUUCAUAUCGGUUGUGUCUGGUGAAGAGCUGCGCAGUGCGAUGAUCUUUGAAGAUAUUGUCAUCAAGCCGAACGGCACUACAAACGUGCUCACGAACGGGAUGAUAGAUCACAUCGCCGAGCCAGAGCCACACGUCCUCUCUGCACGGUUAUGGGUAGGCGGGGACAUCGUGGCGAGGGACAUCGACUGGCCGCAACCAUUCAAAUACCUCGAUUUCUCAGACCGUGGACUGGAAGUAAAACCAGAAACAAGAACAUCAUCAACCGGAGAGAAGCAACAGAUCCUCAAAAUCAGCGCACAAAGGCCCGUGAAAUGUCUUGUAUUUGAAGAGAGGGAUAACGUGCGGCUUAGUGAUAGUGCUAUGGAUAUUGUUCCCGGUGAUGAGCAGGUGGUUAUAGUUACGGGACUUGAUGAGAGUUCUGCUCCGUUGAAGUAUCGGUAUUUGGGUCAAUAG